UUGCAUUAUGACAUUUCGUAUAUUUUUAGAGAGAAUGGUAUUGAAUGGUAUUCGUAUGCAAACUGCGAUAACUUUGAUUUAAUAGUUUGAUUUAGUGUGAUAAUUUGUGCUCGUGAAUUGUAACUAUGCCGAAGUUCUAUAAAAUAGAAAUCAACAAAACAGAAUGGGAAAUACCAGAGAGAUAUCAAAUGUUAACUCCAGUUGGUUCUGGGGCUUAUGGACAAGUUUGCUCUGCAGUUGAUACAGUACAUAAUGUAAAAGUGGCAAUCAAAAAAUUAGCUAGGCCUUUUCAAAGUGCUGUUCAUGCCAAAAGAACUUACAGAGAACUGCGUAUGUUGAAGCAUAUGAAUCAUGAGAAUGUCAUUGGUCUUCUAGAUGUAUUUCAUCCAUCUACCUCAUUAGAAAAUUUUCAACAUGUUUAUUUAGUCACCCAUCUCAUGGGUGCUGAUUUGAAUAAUAUUGUAAGAACGCAGAAGUUAUCAGAUGAUCAUGUGCAAUUUCUUGUUUAUCAAAUUUUGCGUGGCUUAAAGUAUAUACAUUCAGCAGGAAUAAUUCAUAGGGACUUGAAACCAUCAAAUAUUGCUGUUAAUGAAGAUUGUGAAUUGAAAAUUCUUGAUUUUGGGCUAGCACGACCUACUGAAAAUGAAAUGACUGGAUAUGUAGCCACAAGAUGGUAUAGAGCACCUGAAAUUAUGCUUAAUUGGAUGCAUUACAACCAAACUGUAGAUAUUUGGUCUGUUGGUUGUAUUAUGGCUGAACUAUUAACUGGUAGAACAUUGUUCCCAGGAACUGAUCAUAUUGAUCAUCUUACCAGAGUGUUGGUUUUGUGUGGAACGCCGGAUAAUGAAACAGUUGCAAAAAUAACCAGUGUUGAGGCUCGAAAUUACAUACAAUCACUGCCACCACUAAAGAAGCGCGAUUUUAAAGAGGUGUUUCGCGGUGCAAAUCCCUUGGCCGUGGAUCUCCUGGAGAAAAUGCUCGAAGUCGAUUCCGAUCGUCGCCUGACUGCCGAACAAGCUUUGGCGCACAAAUACCUCACGCAGUACGCGGACCCCUCGGAUGAACCUGUCUCAACGCCGUACGAUCAGAGUUUCGAGGACAUGGACUUACCAGUAGAGAAAUGGAAAGAAUAUGUCUAUGAGGAAGUCGUAAACUUCGUACCACAGCAACAGCCUACAGGACCUCAACCUUAGAGUCAUAAGAAAUGCCGUCCACUGUUAAUAUAUUAAAAUACAGCACAUUAAGAUAUAGAUAAACGGUAGCAGCCCCUUAGACUCUAUAAGUUAAUAAUAAAAAUUAUAUAUAUAUAUAUAUAUAUAUAUAUAUAUAUAUCAUAUACAUAUACACAUAUAAAGGCCUACUAAAACUACUUAAAUUUGCACACAUCUUUGGCACAUGUAGCUAAUGUUACUGUUACAUUAUUAAAUGCAUCUAGAACAUUGAUUUAUCAACCGGCAAGUAUAUUUAUAUUAUGAUAUGUCAAUUGUGCCUUAUAAGCCUUAUUUUGAUACGUUUAAUACAAUUUUAGCCUUAGUUUGAUACAUUAAAUUGAAUCUUGAUCGUGAGCGUGAAUGAUUUAUUUUAUGCUAAAUUUUCCCUUUGCAUUAUUUUUAUACCUGAAAUAAUCAUUUUAUUACUUAUAAUACAAUUAUUAUUACUAUUCAAUACUGUUGAGAAAGUGUGCAAAUUUUCAGAUUUAUGCUGAUUUAGCAGACCUUACAAUCACAUCGCAUACGCGACAGUACAAAUGUAUAAAGAAGCCGCGAAUGGUUAGAAUACUACCCAACGCUUUAGAAUAAGUUAUUUAAUUUUAAAAUAUUUUGUAUAUUUAAAUUUCAACAGUUAGUUGAAAAUAAGAUUUUAUUAAGCGUUAUAGUAACACAAAAUUUUAACUGUUUAUAUAUUAAAAUUUAUAUGUUAUUAGCAUUAUGGAUGGAUUCUAUUAUAGACACUUUUAAAUAACAAAUCAAUUCAUUAGUUUUUAUUAUAAGUGAGCCAUUAUUUCAAUGAGAUUAGAUGUGGGCGGUUUCAAGACUUAUACUAACCCAAUAUUAUUUUUUUUAAACAUACUUUC